CGCAGCACCGACACCAUGUGGAUCCAGGUGCGCACCAUGGACGGGAAGGAGACCCACACCGUGGAUUCACUGUCCAGGUUGACCAAGGUAGAACAGCUGAGGCGGAAGAUCCAGGAGCUGUUCCACGUGGACCCAGGCCUGCAGAGGCUGUUCUACAGAGGCAAGCAGAUGGAGGAUGGCCACACGCUCUUUGAUUAUGAUGUCCGCCUGAAUGACACCAUUCAGCUCCUGGUCCGCCAGAGCCUCGCGCUCCCCGCCAGCCUCAAGGAGAGGGACUCGGAGCUUUCAGACACAGAUUCCGGCUGUUGCUUGGGCCAGAGUGAGUCGGACAAGUCUUCCACCCACGGUGAGGCAGCUGCUGAGACAGACAGCAAGGCGGGCGAGGAUACGUGGGAUGCGACGGAGCUGGGCCUGUACAAGAUCAACGAGUAUGUGGAUGCUCGGGACACGAACAUGGGGGCGUGGUUCGAAGCGCAGGUGGUCAGGGUGACAAAGAAGGGACCGUCCCAGGAUGAGCCCUGCAGCUCCACCGCCAGCCCAGCUCUGGAAGAAGACGUCAUUUAUCACGUGAAAUAUGACGACUACCCGGAGAACGGGGUGGUCCAGAUGAGCUCCAGGGAUGUCCGAGCUCGUGCCCGCACCAUCAUCAAGUGGCAGGAGCUAGAGGUGGGCCAGGUGGUCAUGCUCAACUACAACCCCGACAACCCCAAGGAGCGGGGCUUCUGGUAUGACGCGGAGAUCUCAAGGAAGCGGGAGACCAGGACGGCGCGUGAGCUGUACGCCAACGUCAUGCUUGGGGAUGAUUCUCUCAAUGACUGCCGGGUCAUUUUCGUGGACGAAGUCUUCAAGAUCGAGCUCCCAGGCGAAGGGAGCCCUAUGGUGGAAAACCCAACGAGACGGAAGAGCGGGCCCUCCUGCAAGCACUGCAAAGAUGACGUGAACAAACUCUGUCGGGUCUGCGCCUGCCACCUGUGUGGGGGCCGGCAGGAUCCUGACAAGCAGCUCAUGUGCGAUGAGUGUGACAUGGCCUUCCACAUAUACUGCCUCUGCCCGCCCCUCAGCAGCAUCCCCAGCGAGGCCGAGUGGUACUGCCCCGAGUGUCGGAAUGACACCAGCGAGGUGGUGCUGGCAGGAGAGAAGCUAAAAGAGAGUAAGAAGAAGGCUAAGAUGGCAUCCGCCACGUCGUCCUCACGGCGGGACUGGGGCAAGGGCAUGGCGUGCGUGGGGCGCACGAAGGAGUGCACCAUUGUUCCAUCCAAUCACUACGGACCCAUCCCGGGCAUCCCCGUGGGCACCAUGUGGCGGUUCAGAGUUCAGGUCAGUGAGUCAGGUGUUCACCGGCCUCACGUGGCGGGCAUCCACGGCCGGAGCAAUGACGGGGCCUACUCCCUGGUCCUGGCUGGGGGCUAUGAGGACGAUGUGGACCAUGGGAAUUUUUUCACAUAUACAGGUAGUGGUGGUCGAGAUCUCUCUGGCAACAAGCGGACUGCAGAACAGUCUUGUGAUCAGAAACUCACCAACACCAACAGGGCUUUGGCUCUCAACUGCAGUGCCCCCAUCAAUGACCAAGAAGGGGCCGAGGCCAAGGACUGGCGGUCGGGGAAGCCAGUCAGGGUGGUGCGCAACGUCAAGGGCGGCAAACACAGCAAAUACGCCCCUGCCGAAGGCAACCGCUAUGACGGCAUCUACAAGGUCGUGAAGUACUGGCCCGAGAAGGGGAAGUCUGGCUUUCUCGUGUGGCGCUACCUUCUGCGACGGGACGAUGACGAGCCAGGCCCCUGGACAAGGGAAGGGAAGGACCGGAUCAAGAGACUGGGGCUGACCAUGCAGUAUCCAGAAGGCUAUUUGGAAGCCCUGGCCAACCGAGAGAAGGAAAAGGAGAACCGCAGGAAAGAGGAGCAGGAGGAGGAGGGCUUCACGUCCCCCAGGAAGGGCAAGGGCAAGGGCAAGUGGAAGCGGAAGUCGGCAGGAGGUGGCCAGAGCAGGGCUGAGUCCCCGCACCGGACCCCUAAGAAAACCAAGGUGGAGCCCUACAGCCUCACAGCCCAGCAGAACAGCCUCAUCAAAGAGGACAAGAGCAACGCCAAGCUGUGGAGCGAGAUCCUGAACUCGCUCAAGGAUGGGCCGGUGAGCGCAGCCGUGUUUCAGAAGUUCCUGAGUAACGUGGAGGAAACAUUCCAAUGUAUCUGCUGCCAAGAGCUGGUGUUCCGGCCCGUCACGACUGUGUGCCAGCACAACGUGUGCAAGGAUUGCCUGGACCGAUCCUUCCGGGCCGAGGUAUUCAGCUGCCCGGCCUGUCGCUAUGACCUAGGUCGGAGCUAUGCCAUGCAGGUGAACCAGCCGCUGCAGAACGUCCUCAACCAGCUCUUCCCUGGCUACGGCAACGGCCGGUGA